AUGGAGCGAGCAUUCGGAGUGUUGCAAGCACGCUUUGCAAUUAUACAUGGUCCAGCUCGUUUUUGGGAAAAGAAGAAGCUUGCCAACAUAAUGAGAGCUUGUAUUAUAUUGCAUAAUAUGAUUGUUGAGGAUGAAAGAGACACUUAUGCAGGAAAUUUUGCUCAAGGCUUAGAGUAUGAUGAUGUCGAAAAUGACUUAUCACAACCUCAGCUGGGAGAAGAAGAUUUUGCACCAUACCAUCAAUUUCUCCAAAGAAAUGCCCAACUUCGAAAUAGGCAGCAGCAUAGACAAUUGAAAGAGGACUUGAUUGAACACAUAUAG